CAUUAUUACAGGGCAAGCAAAAUGGCCUCAGCAAUGAUGCCAUCUGAUCUAAUAAACCUAGAACAAUGGGUAUCAAAGCGUCUGUGUAUUUCUGGGGGAAGCCUCUACCUGAUUGCUCUAAAGGAUGCCAUGGACCAUGACAACGUGAUGCUGGAAAUGUCAUUGACCUCUCUUCAAGGAUUCUUAAAGAAGUCUCCUCACCAAAUGUUCAGACUGGACGAAGAUACCACACAUGAUAAGUGCACUGUCAGGAUAAAGACGGAUGCAGUUUUGUGUGAUCAGUUCAACCCCAAGAAUAGCGAUGGCUGUCAAGGUUGUGAGGAUUUUCAUCUCUGUGAGCACUUUAUCUCAGUGGGAUGUAAGCGUGGUAAGAAGUGUUUCUGGCCACAUCAGCUCUGGGGUUUACCACACAAUGAGAAAGUCAUGAGAUUAAAUGGAUUGGACCACCUUCAGGAUAACCAUGUAAUACAGAUAUUAAAGCAAAGCUGGGUUGAUAUCACUGUACCAGAUGUAUGCAUGUUCUACAACAGCCCCAAGGGAUGUGAUGUAAACAAGUGUAAAUUUCUACACGUUUGUAGUUAUUACAUUACAGGAGAUUGCAGAUUCAACACACAGUGUCGAAACUCACAUAUUAUCAACGAUAAGCAGCCAAUGACAGUAUGGGAAGAGUAUAAUAUCGAUGCUGCCUCAAUGAGUCCAGGAGAGUUGCUUCGCAUGGUCCGGGAGAAAAAGCAAAUAGAACAUGUAGAGGUGAUGGAAAAGCAACCUCUACUCCCAAACAUCUGUAUACAUUACAACCGGAGAUCCUGCAAAAAUGGAGUAACCUGUCCCUUUUUUCAUGUCUGUGGAUCCUUUGUUAGAGGAGAAUGCAACGAUGAAUGCAAAAUCUCACAUGAUGUUAAAAAUCCAAAUGCUUUGCAAGUGUGGCAGAAAUGUAAGGUUGAUGCAAGAAACAAGACUACACAAGAACUGGUUUCCAUGAUUCGGGGUCAAAAAAAGAUGGACGGAGAAUAUAUGAUCCAACGAAGAAGACUUACUUCCCUUGGAGAAGCACCUGAGGAAAAACAAGACAAGAAUGAGAUGUCUCAAGAAAACAUAGGUUCUGGCAACAAUUCCGCUCUGUCAUGGCCGUCUUGUGGUGUUUGUAUUGUUUGUUGUUUGUUUGUUUGUUGGGGUGUUGGGGUGUUGCAUAAGCAGCCAGCUGACCCAAGUGAUAACUUUGUCCUGUGCGAGGUUCAACCUGAUGUUCAUAAUGCUGAGUAUGACAUGGUGCUGGAGCACUUUGCUGCCACUAUGGAUAAAAGGUUGAUCAUAAAGAUAGAAAGAGUACAGAACACCGAAGCCUGGGAUGAGUUUGUGAGGAAGCGAGAUAAAAUGGAGGAGAACCACAAAGACCACAACAUUGUCAAAGAAGAACUUAUCUUCCAUGGCACAAGAAAGGCUUUCAUUAAAGCAAUCUGCCAGCAGAACUUUGAUCCUCGAGUUAGCGGCUCCAAUGUGGGUACAAAGUACGGUCAAGGCAGCUACUUUAGUAAGACCUCUGUGUACUCGGACUGCUAUGCUGGAGAGACAGACAAAGGUACAAAACAAUUGUUUCUGGUUCGAGUCCUAGUUGAAUCCUACACUCUUGGAAAUCCAUCGUACAGGCAACCACCCUUCAAAGAUGCAUCCAAACUUAGCGGUCCAAUGUUCGACUCUUGCAUGGAUAGCCUCACCAAUCCAAUGAUUUUUGUCACUUUUGAUUUGUGUCAAGUCUGUCCUGAGUACAUGAUUACUUACAAAAGGAAAUGAGACACUGUCUGUAAUGCAAGCGUCAUCUUGGUCUAAUUUAAUAACAGACCCAUCUUUUGUAAAUCUCCACAAGGUUUUUUAUCCUCCAUUUUAUGUGAACAGCUUCUCAGCAAUUGUAAUCAGAUAACUUAGAUAAUGGCAUAUUGUAAUGAAAUCGAGUGUCUUAUAGUUAUAAUUGUACAUCUAUGCAAAUUGUAGUUGAGCUAUUAAAAUACAGACCUGAUAGUUUACCUGAAGAAAACCAGGCCUGACGUUGUUAAAUAGCCUUAAAAGACUACUACAAACCAUGUGUACAUGUAGUUCAGCAAUUGUGUACUCGAUAAAAUUGUUCCUUUUUCCCCAAGGGGUCAAAUGUCAUGCCUGGUUAACUUCACUUUGCCUGAUUAUGUAGAUCCUGAAAUAAUAAUUAGGUUGAGAUGUUCAAAAAUAACUUCAAGAGCUGUGUCAACAGUAAAUAGUUUAUGCGCCCAGGUGAUUUUAGCCAAAGUUUUGAUAUACAACAAAACACCACAUUUGUGUUUUUCAAAUUGUAAAUAAUUUGGCUGUUAUUGCGAACACUCUUCCAAGGGGUGAAUGAUUUACAAGGAACACUCAAGGCAUGAUAUAUACUGAUAAUUGAAUUUUGAUCUUCCUGAUCAUUUUGGCAAACUAGCAAUAAAUUUAAAUGUUGCACUAUUCAA